AUGAACACCAAGUCCUUGACCAAUACGCCCAUCAUGGAAGUCCGCAACCUUGCGGUCUCCUUCGACAACGGCUCAGGACCACGCAUCCAAGCCGUCGACGGCGUCAACAUGACCGUCUACCCACGCCAAACCCUCGCGGUGGUAGGGGAGUCGGGGUGUGGCAAGUCCGUGACCUCGAUGAGCUCCAUGCAACUCGUCCCGCGCCCUCCAGGACGCUUCGACCGCGGCGAGAUCAUCUACCGCAUGGAGAACGGCGAGAAGGUAAACCUCCUCACCCUCACCGAGCAACAGAUGCGAUCCGUGCGAGGCAACGAGAUCGCGAUGAUCUUCCAAGAACCGAUGACCUCGCUCAAUCCCGUCUACACCGUCGGCGAUCAGAUCAUCGAAGCGAUCACGCUCCACCAAGACGUCACCGCGAAAGAAGCAUGGAAGAUCGCCGUCAAAGCGAUGGACGACGUCGGGAUCCCCGAUCCCGAAGGACGCAUGAAAGCGUACCCACACCAGUUCUCAGGUGGUAUGCGCCAGCGCGUCAUGAUCGCGAUGGCCCUCGCGUGCCAGCCGCGUCUGCUCCUCGCCGACGAGCCAACCACCGCGCUCGAUGUAACCAUCCAGGCGCAGAUCCUCGAACUGAUCCAAGAACUCAAAGAAACCCGCGACAUGGCGGUCAUCUUGAUCACCCACGACCUCGGCGUGGUCGCGGAAAACUCCGAUGUUGUCUGCGUCAUGUACGCCGGACGCGUGGUCGAGUACGCGAAUGUUUAUGACCUCUUCGACGACCCACGACACCCUUACACCCGUGGACUCCUUGCAUCGAUUCCCAAGAUCGGAACUGAACACGAUCGGCUCGUAACGAUCGAUGAAAUCGUCAACAACCCUGAAGAGUUCAAGAAGCUUCCAGGUGCCGACAAAGGGGUCACGCCAUGGUGGCCGUGGAACGAACCGCCCGCGGAUCUCAAGAAACUCAAUGAACCGGCAGGGGAUUACUGCCUCAAGCAAAUCGCCGACAACCACUGGGUCGGUGUCUGGCGCACUGAAGCCGUCGCCAACGAUGUUUCGAUAUCAAUGCGAGCCUUGCUCAUCGUCGACAGACUCUUUGCCCAACACGAACGCGCGAUGCUACAGCGCACAGCGAUCGGGCUCCUCGACGAAGGGAUCGAAACCACGAUGGUCGUCCCAGACCUCGGGACAUUUGAAACCACAGGCGUCGGCGCAUUAAUCCCGCAAGUGAAGUACAAAGACCGUGGUCUCUCAUUCACACUCAAAAUCAGAGCCGCCAGCAUCAUCCGUGAUCUCUCCGACGACCGCACCGAUACCCAAUGGGACAUCGUCCACGGCUUCGGUGGCAACUGCUGGGCGCUCGCCAAUGAGCUCGCCAAAUCACUAGAUGCCGCAAUGGUUCUCGAGCUCUGGAGAGCCGGGCUCAUCCCUCGCGCAACACAACUCUACAAACAAGCUUCUGUAGAGUGCAUGUUUACCGCGCCAGACAAGUCCAUCGAGCGUGCUGUGCAUCAGAUAAAUCCAAGGCUCCCAGUGCAGGUCGCUCCUUGGGGAUCACCAGCACCGACAACUCCAAGAGAGAUCCUCCAGCGAGAUCGAGGUAUUUCAAUCGUCAUGCAGUCCUCAGGACGCAACCGCGAAGAGUGUGCCGCUGCGUUCGAAGGAGUACUCGAUGCAAUACGAAAUCAAGACAACAUCCAUUUCUUUGUCAAUCUCCAUGCCGCCCAGCGAUCCGGACUCUGGUCCAAAGCAAAGAAAGCCGGCGCUUUGGGUCAACUCACCCUCGUCGAUCAGAUCGAAGAGCAGCGUGAUCUGGUGCUCAAUGCUGAUUAUCUAAUCUACCCCGACACGGUUCAUGAACACCGCUCCCUCCUUUUCGAAGCAAUGGGCAGCGCCAUGUGCGUGCUUGCUUCCACCGCUGAGCAAAGUUCUUGCUUGAUUAACGACAAGACCGCUCAGAUAGUCAAGCAGCCCUCAAGAGCAGGAUGGUCCGAAUCCCUGCGUAGUCUCCUCUCAGAUCAAGAGCGAUCAAGAGAACUCGGACACAACGCGUGGAAGCACAUCCGCGAGCAACGCAAAGUGUCCACUCACAUCGGCGCCUUGAUCGACAUUUACUCUCAACUGAUCCCGCUUGAGACCGGCACACGCGCCGUCCGGUAA